AUGGGAGGUGCCACCCGGAGACGACCCGACUUGGCCGAAAAGACCAACGAUGGAACGGCGUCCAACUUGAACCUUUCGGACAAGACCAACCGCGAGAUGUCGCAGCGACCUCGAUUGAUCGAGUGUGAGUUGAUGAGCCCUGGAGACUCUCUAUGCGCGCUUCGCUAGAACUGACCUUGGGGCUCGGGUUUGAUUAUUUCGACAGUCAGAGACGUCAACGGCAAUGUGACUGUUCAACUCUCACUCAGCGACACAAAUGACACGAUCGGCCCCGUGACGGCCUUAUACCGUCCCCGCUCGUGAACUCGCUGCAGACUACUUCGACUUUGCUCUCGUCGGCGACUUUCCCCAACUGCCUUCCCCGAGGACCAAGCGGCUUUGCGACCAGUUCAAUCCACGCACCGCUUCAGCCCCUUCAUGACGCGCGAGGAACAAAACCUCUACAAGUACACGAUGGAUAUCGACGGCAACGGAUGGUCACGUCGUUUCCAUACCUUGAUGAGCUCCAUUUCGCUCGUGCUCAAGUCGACGAUUCGUCCUGAAUGGUACUUUGAUCGUAUUCAACCUUGGUACCACUACGUCCCCGUCAACGUCGAUUAUACGGACCUGUUCAAUAUCAUGGCUUUCUUCAAAGUGACAUUGAUGGCAAUGGCGCGCACGACCAACUCGCCGAGACGAUGGCGGCUCAAUCCAAGGAAUGGGCCGCGGCGUACUUGGCGUUGGGAUGACAUGCAGGCGUACCUCUACCGCCUGUUGCUAGAGUACAAUCGCGUCAUGCAGCGCGAUUCCAACAAUUUACAACAGCCACGACUUUGCGCAUAUUAG